AUGUGGAAACGAUUACAGGGUCACGUCCGCGAGAAAGAAAAGCAUACGCAAAUAGGCAACCCCGUACUACUUGAAACCACUUAUGACCAGGAUCAACUCCACCGUAAUCCAAAUGUUACCAGCCUCCACAGUCCCGAGCAACAAAACUAUGUGCUCCCCCCGCUAGAUUCACUCUCCAAAUCCUCAUACAACCCUACCAUCACUACGGCUUCUGGAGCGCCAAUCCUCCCUCCAGUCCAAAGACUGUCGGCAGUGCCGACUAUCCCUUCGGUCUAUUCGCGGGCCUCGAUUGAAAACUACUAUUACAGUAAUCCUGCAGCCACACUACGGUCCAACUACGACGAUCUAUCCCCGCCAAGUUCACCAGAGUCCGAAGAGUUCCUCCCGUCUUUUGAUCCGCCUCAGUCUAUCCGUGACAUAUCCCUCCGCAACUUUUCCUCAAUGGACGACAACCAACGCAAAGUGCAAGAUGAGCCGCGCGACGUCAAGGCAAUUCCCGUGUUGCGUAGAGCACCUUCCGUCAUCCGAACUGGCGAUGUGCAGUCUGGCCCCAAGCAAAAAUUCUGGGAAGGCAAGCUUGCGCCAAACAGCAAAGUAAAAUGGGAUGAGUACUCGGGCGAGCCCAACAGUGCAGGAAAGGCCGCGUCAGUUGAUCCGCACAGCUAUGCGGUAGGCGUGCCUUCUGCCGGUCUGAAGCCCAUGGGCUACCAAGUUUCGGUAUCCGCGGCUGGCCCUGAGAAGAAGAGCCUUAGUUUUGGAGAGCGCCUUAGCCGUUUCGGCUCGAAGCGUUCGCCACCAGCAGUCAAAAACCAAGCUGGAGAAAAGUCAUUGCAAAUACCACGAGCGACUACAUCACCGAGCUCGGACCAAGUCAGAUCAAACACGCUUACCGUUGCCGUCGAUUCAGCACCCACGCUUGCUGAUACUCGACCCGUCGCAGCCGAAACCGCCAACUACGAGGUGCAUGAAGAAAUCAUUAAACCUGUCGUGCCCCUAAAAGUAGGAAAGAAGUCGCCUGCAGGAAGCAAUCUCACUUCUCCAACGUCUCCCACAGCCCACGGCCUUGGUAUUAGUGCAUUUGCUUACCCAAGCCCUGUCACGCCCAAAGGCCGCGACGGUCAGAAACAGUCCCCGGCCAUUGUAAUUGAGACUGAACUACCUAUCCAUCCGGCUUACCGGACAGCAACCCCACCAGAGACAGACAAGCGACCCAUCGCCAGCCAAUUCUCCUGGACCACAUAUAGCCAGUCUAUAACGUCCGACCAACACUCGCCGCCACCUUCACCCCCACUCUCUACCUCGUCCUCAGUGCUCCUGCGCCGCCGGCCCGUUCCCCACUCCGACCGCAUCCCAGACUCGCGCCCCAACGCCUCAAGAAUGCUGUCCCCCUCCAACGUCUCCACCUUCUCCACCGCAAGCGGCAUAUCCAACACAUCUAAAGCGCUACCGCACCCACCUACUGCUCUCUGCGCCCUCGACCACAUUGCGCUUCUAGAAUCCCAACAAGAAGACCUUCGCAUCCGCCGCAACAAUGUCUACCGCCUCCUCACUGACCUCAACAAUGCCGCGCCUCCGAACCCGCUCUUGACGGAUUUUAAGAAGGCGAAGGUUGUGGAGCAUAGGAAGAAGGCAUUUGAGGUGGAGCUUGAUGAUAUCAGGCGCGAAGAACAUGAUGUCGGACUCAAGUUGCAUCGCGCGUGGAAGAAGAGGGAGCAGGAUGAUCCUAAUGCCGCGGGGAGUGCACUUUGGGUUAGGAGAGUAACAAGCUAA